AUGGCUGACACUGCUAAGGCCCCCGUCAAGUUGGUCAAAGUGACCCGUGUUCUUGGUCGAACUGGAUCUCGUGGUGGUGUUACUCAAGUCCGCGUUGAGUUCAUGGACGACACCACCCGAUCAAUCAUCCUCCGCGAGAACGAUAUCCUCUGCCUCCUCGAGUCCGAGCGUGAAGCCAGGCGUCUGCGAUAA